ACUGAGCAUGAUGGGGCUCAUCAUGGGGCUGCCAGGGUCACUGAUGGCUUAGAACUGUUGUUGUGUGGAGAGCUUAGAGAUAGUGAAGAAUUACCAGAGCCAGGUGGGCUGUGCUCUGAUAGGUAGUGCCUGUUUCCCCAUGAAAGUGCCAGUGCAAAAGUUGUGAGGGAUCUGGUUGUAGGGGCCUCCAAAAAUAGAAACUUAAUUCCCUGUGGGACCGUAAUCUCAGUCACAUGGUAGGGGCUGGAUAGCUCAGGCUUCUAAAACAUCCAUGUCAUAAAAGUUGUAAAAAGAGCAAAUAUGAAUGAUAAAUUUUAUUUUUAUACUCAUUAAUAAGUGCUGUUGUGUUUGGACAUGAUCAGUCACAUGACAUGUUAUGGUUUUUGUUUUGCUUUAUUCUGGGUUUUGUUAUUUAAUUUCCUAAAAGCUGAAUAAAUACCAUUUUUGCUUUUUUGUUUGAGCCUUUGCCCCUGAUUUAUUCUCUCUCAAAUCAUUUGACACAUUUCAUCUUCACAUUGCAUUUCACUUCAAAGUUUAAUUUUAAUACACAGGUGUUUGCUGCAGGAAAAAUGAGUUUUCAACACAAAACUUUGUCUGCAAGACUCUAACUCUGGACAGCAAGAAAGGUCCCCUCAGCUCUGGAGUGAUGUGGGCUGGGAACCCUUAGGUGGAAUGUGCUACCACCUUUGUCCCCUUGUAGUCUAUUGUACAUCGCUCCCUCUGUACAUUAUAGCAUUACACUGUAAAGCUAGGGUAUAGGGGCAGUUGUUCCCACCAUGUCUUAAGGUCUGCUAUGAUUAGCUUCACCCCACCCACAGGCACUUCCUGCUAUGAGAUGAGCUGCAGGGGGGGGUGGUUAGAGGGGGAGCAGAGACUAAAGAUGGAUAGUAUGAGUGUUGGUGUCAGCCUAUUACUGGAUGCCAGCAGUGACGGGUAGGGACUUGGAGGGUCAGCAGCUGACUCAGAAAAGGAGAUGUUGAGUCCUAGGUGGAGAAAAGCUGUUCCCACUCUACAUUCAGUGUCAGCAAGACUUUUAUGAAGUGAGUGUUAUUUUUGUUGAGUUUCUGUCUUCUGGGGUUCUGGUGUGCUGCCUGCCUGUGAGUUGCAGUGGCGCCAGCCACUGUUUCUUUCCAGGCUUAGAAAGGCGACGUAGACGAGUGCUUUACCCCUGACUACACCCCCAACCUGGUUCUUCGUCUUUUCAGUUAACAGAAUCUGGAUCAGCCCUUUACCAAUUCAUUUUUUUGUUUUGUUUUAUUUUUUCACUUUUACCUAAACUCUUCUUAUAUUAAACAUCAAUGAAUAAAAUGGAGAAAUAAGAUUUAAAGAUUAAUCAGAAAGCUAACUAAUUGCUAACGUAUCACAUUUUUAAUCUUUAAAAAAAAAUGAUUUCAUGUGUAUGGGUGUUUUGCCUGUAUGUGUGCUAUUGCACUACAUGCAUGCCCAGGCCCAACAGGCAAGAGUAGAGAGCCAGAUCCCCUGGAAUUGGAGUUACAGAUGGUUCUGAGCCACCAUGUCGGUAGUGGGGAUCAAACCCUGAGUCCUAUGGAAGAGCAACCAGUACUUAUAACCACUAAGCCAUUGCUCCAGCCCUAGAUCAAUCAUAUUAUAUGAACAAAAUAAAACAAAGCACACACAAACUCAGGACUUGUGUGAGACUAACAGGAAGACUUGGAAAAUUACAGGAAGAGUAGCAGGCCAUUGGAGGAGCACUAAGUAUUUAGCUAGAGUACCUGAGCUUGUGCUGUCUGGGAAUUAGCUGCAACAAGCCAACCGGUUUAAUCACGCUAAGAUCCUUCAUGUUUCUGUGUCCAUGUGACUUUUUAAAAAGCUUAGCUGGGAUUACUCCAUGUGUUGUACGGCUCACAUCUUCAUAUGCUGUCCACAGAGAAGCCCUCCUGAGAAUCACACGCUGUAAGGGCCACCACAUAGGAGAGAGAGUGUGACCUGAGCCCAGUCCCGAGGACUCGACAGCCUCUGCCUGCCAUCUGACUACUUGCUUCUGAGACUGUUCCACCAUUCUCUGGCAGAAUGAAUGCCCUCGAUGGAGUCCCCUUCAAGGUGCCCAAGGGCUUUGUGAUGGACACAGAGCCCCACCCCGUGCCUGAGCUCAGUGUCCCAGACUGUAGAGAGCUCCUGCUGGGCACAAUGUAUGACUUCAGCCUGGAAAAGAAGACUCUCUUCUGGACGGAAGCAGCCAUUCGAGGACCUUGCCCCCAUCAAUGCAAUGACCUGGGGAUUGCAUCAGCCCCUCCAGCCUGGUUCUUACUGGUCAGUCCAAAAUACAGUCAGGUGCCCCUACCUGCUGAAAUUAGAGACCCAGAGGCUGGACUGCUAGAACCUCCUGAGGAGGAGGAGGAAGAGGAGGAAGAAGAAGAAUCAGAAGAGAAGGGGGACGAGGAAGACACCUCCUCUGCCAGCGAGGAGGGCAUGGACUCCAGCAGCCCUCAGCCUGGCUCCCCUACAAACCAUCGUCGCUUCUCCCUGGAUGUGCUGCGAAACAUGAGGUCUGAGCUGGCUGAUGCCAGACGGCGGCUCUCAGAGAGUAGACUAGCCGCGUGUCCUCGAGCCCUCCUGCACCGCUUCCGUGGCCACCGCACUCUGAGCCUGAGUGCUAGCCCAGCUCCAACCCCUAGCCCAACACUGCAGCUCCCCGACGUCUCCGAGCUGCCCCCACGACCCUCCACCGCUGGCGCCAUGCCUCCAUUGCGGAGCCACAAGCCCACAGUCGCUUCUCUCAGCCCAUAUACCUGCUUGCCACCUCUUAGGGAGACACCACAGCCCCUUGUCUCCUGUAGACUGCAUCCUGACUCAGCACCUGACCUGCUGUCUGCCCUGACCAAAGAAGAGCAAGACCUCAUCGGGCCAGUGGUCGCCUUGGGCUAUCCCCUGGGAAGGGCCAUCGUGGCACUGCAGAAGACAGGGAGGCAGAGCCUGAGCCAGUUUCUCAGCUACCUCAGUGCCUGCGAAAGGCUGCUGCGGCAGGGCUACGAUGAGGCGUUGGUGGAUGAGGCCAUGGAGAUGUUCCAGUUCUCUGAGCAUCAGGCAGGGGAGUUCCUGCGGCUCUGGCAGCAGUUCAGUGACAUGGGCUUCCAAGAAGACCGGAUCAAAGAGGUGCUGUUGGUCCACGGCAAUCAGCGAGAGCAAGCUCUGGAGGAGCUGGUAGCCUGUGCCCAGUGACAAGCCGGGACAUUGAUGCAUGGCCGACAGUGAAGUAUCAGACCUGCCACCCAUCCCAACUGUAUCAUUAGAAGACAAUGGCGGUGGUGGUGACGCACACCUUUAGUCCCAGCACUAGAGCUACAGAGGCAGGUGGCUCUCUGAGUUCAAGGCCAUCCUGGUCUACACAGUGAGUUC